AUGGGCAUCUUGUGCUGUUUCCAGUCCGGCGCCGACAAACUUGACGAUGCUGCUGCGCCAAAUAAGAAGCAGACAUCGUCGGAUGGCGGCCUGGCCACCCUUGUCAACGAAAUGGUCGCAGGAUCAGUGACGUACCAACACAACAGGCGUGUGGCGGAGGAGCUCCUUGGGAUGAACAAGGAGGAGGCGGCGGCGACGACGCGAGCCUUCACUUACCACGAGUUGUGGGAGGCCACGGGCGGGUUCCGUGUGGAGUCGAUGCUGGGCGAAGGCGGAUUCGGUCCUGUGUACCGUGGUCGGCUUCAGGACGGCGGCCGUGCGGUGGCGGUCAAGCAGCUGGACCGCAACGGCGUGCAGGGCACGCGGGAGUUCCUAGUGGAGGUGCUGAUGUUGAGCAUGCUCCACCACGACAACCUCGUCACCCUCGUCGGCUAUUGCGCCGACGGGGCCGACCACCGCAUGCUCGUCUAUGACUACAUGCCGCAUGGCUCGCUCGAGGACCACCUCCUAGACCUCCCGCCCUCGGCCCCAGGGCUCGACUGGUGCACGCGCAUGCGCGUCGCCCAGGGCGCCGCCAAAGGGCUCGAGUACCUCCACGACGCCUCCCGCCGCCCUGGCCCGCCCGUGAUCUACCGCGACUUCAAGGCCUCCAACAUCCUACUCGACGCCGGGUUCAACGCCCGCCUAUCUGACUUCGGCCUCGCCAAGGUGGGUCCCGUCGGUGACCGGACCCACGUCUCCACCAGGGUCAUGGGCACCCGUGGCUACUGCGCCCCGGAGUACGCUUUGACAGGGAAGCUCACGCCCAUGUCCGACGUCUAUAGCUUCGGCGUCGUCCUCCUCGAGAUCAUCACCGGACGGAGGGUACUCGACGCGGACAGGCGGCCCGACGAGCAGAACCUUGUGGCAUGGGCCAUGCCCAGAUUCAAGAACAAGAGGAGGUUCAAGGAGAUGGCCGACCCGCUCCUUGGGGACGCCUACCCGAUAAAGGGGCUCUACCAGGCGCUCGCCAUCGCCGCCAUGUGCCUCCAGGAGGACGCCACCAUGCGACCCGCCAUCUCCGACGUCGUCACCGCCCUAGAGUACCUCACCGGUCACCCUCCUCCCCGUCCAUGUACUACUACUACUCGUGAUGACGUCGCCGAUACGGCAGACUAA